AAUUUUCAAUGCACUGAAUUAUUUUCAGCUGGAAAGAAUUGGGGUUGCUUGAGACGAGAUUGUUUUCGAUGGGGAGAACAACAUGUUAGCCUUGUAAUAAUAGUGUACCAGAGUCUAAGAAGAAUUCUGUAUGUUUCGUUCGCCUCGCCUCCUGUCCACUGCCCGGCUGUGCAGGAGCGGUCAGCAUCCUGCCGGACCGGGACGAUUUCAAGCAUGUCGAAGACAGUCAGGCCAACCUAAUUACGGACCAUCUGGAGAUAGUGAACUCCGGUAUUCUCGGUCUGCGGCCGUGGGUCUGAUUUCUGCUACUUCCGCUGCGAGUCUGCUGGGGGUCCUCUGCUUGGCAAAGUGGUCGCCAAAGUUUCGGAAAUGGUGUGAAGACACAGUUCCGGGCAGCAAAUCCUUAUUCAGUACAGCAUUGAAAGACCGUUCGAAGAAGGAAAUUUCUCGCAGCAAUGCAGCGCCCAAGAAGCCAGCUGGUGCUUUGUCGGGCAGUGCAUCGUCUGCAGCAGGAAGUGCUGGUAGCCUUAGCGCCGCUGGGUCUGACAGUGCAUCGCAGAAUCCUGUGAAUGCUGGCACUGGAGAUGGCCCUAGCAGCAGCAGCAGCAGUGAAAUAGAGGACAGUGCUCUACUUGCACAGCGUAUUAAAGAGCAGGAUGAACUCGAGGAGGCCCUGCGCAUUGCUGUGCUAGAAGAAGAGCGCCGUGUACAGGAAGCUGCCCGUUUGGAAGCCGAACACGAGGGCCAGAGGCAACGAAUCGAACAGGAGGCACAUCAGCUUCUUGAACAGUCUGUCAAGGAAGCUGAGGAGCGGAUACGUGCUGAGGAGGCUGGCCGUGCGCAGGCUCUGCAGGAACUUGCUCAACAAGAGAAGGACGCAGCUCAGUCUGUGACACGCAGCUUGGACACAUCUCUCCAGGAGAUCCUGUCCUCCGUUGGUGAUGCCAGCAAAGCAAUGUACUCGCUCGCCAAGGCAAUUCGUGAACAUUCUCUGUCCGUAUACAAAGUGAUAGAGUUGCGUGCAGCCCACCGCGAUGCUGAAGCCGCGACAGCGGAGGCUGAAGUGCGGGAUGCAAUUGCAUCUGUUCAGGCCGCCCAGCUGCAGGUGGAUCACUGCUCCACUACGGUCGAUGGUGCCGUGUCAGACUUUGAUUCGUUCUGCCGCGUGGCCUGGAAAGGUGACGAUGGGAAGAAUGCAUCUGCGCUGGCUGACGUUGCCAACCAAGCUCUCAAGCAGUUGCACGAUACCGCCGAGGAAGUGGCCAUGUGCCGUGCUGAUCAAAGUGUCAUGAUGCAGUUUGGUGACCGCAUGGCACAGCAGUGUGAAUUCUACAAUAAGGAGAUGGAGCGACUAAAUGAUAUACGCUAUUCAUCUAGUGAAAUGUCAGCUGGCGAUGCAUUGUCGGCUGCACAGUCAGUAUUCAACUCCGACAUCCAGUCACUGCUAUCAUUUGCUCAGCAGCGUGUUGAGUCCAUGCAAGAUAGCCUGGCCAGUGGCCAGCAGCAGGACGCCGAAGCUGUCUCCUCACUGCUGCUACAACAGCGCCAAGAGGAUAUGCAGGUGGCUCAGUUGAAACUUGACCAUCUGCGUGAGCAGCUUGCGCGGGAGCAUCAAGAGGAUCUGCAGCAGCAGGAGGUGCAACUCAAGGUUGAUAUCGAGAGCGAGGUGACCAGGCAACUGCAACGCCAAGCUGCUGCGCAUACAGACCACCUUCGGCAGGCGCUGGAGCGGCAGGCCAACGAGAUCGGUCAGAAGUACAGGACUCUCGUCGAGAAUGCCCUCAAGGAUCAAACUGAUGAAUACCAGCAGACCUAUCACCGGCUUGCAGGCAGCAUGAAGGGUCUCGAAGCUGCUGCCAGUGAUGCAGUGUCGCACAUCCAGCAGGGCAUGCGUGAUGUGGACCUGUGCAAGGCCAGCAGUGCGUUGCUGGUGGCAGUCGACCAUGCUGCUAGCGAUCGCCAGCCGUUGCGAGCUGUAGUCGAGCGCCUGCGUGGUGCUGCCGGCGAUGAUGCUCUGAUUGAAACCGCCCUGGCCAGCAUACCCGAGGAAGCGCUACGCAAGGGCGUGCAGUCAAAGGCGACACUGAAGACACGCUUCGGUACCGUGAAGAACGCCUGUUCUCGGGUGGCAUUCGUGGAAGAGAAGACUGAUGGCAAUGCCGGCAUUUUGACCUACACAGUUGCAGGCAUGUUCUCCUACCUGUAUUGGCCAAGCAGCAACCCAACAGCCGUCGACAAGGCAGUGGAUUCAUCGCAACUCGACACCGACCAGGUCCUUCAGUUAGCUGAAGAGUGCCUGCAAGAUAACAAGCUGGACGACGCUGUCCGACUGGUUAACCAGCUCGGCGGUCAGGCCCGUGUGCUGGCUCAGAGCUGGCUCAAUGAUGCGCGCCUCUUCCUCAGUACGCAGCAGGCUGCGCAGGUCGUUGGGUCGUGCGCCCUGCUUCGCCUGAACUCCGAUCUCGUGCACCAAAGUCCAUCUGCUGACGCAGCAUCGCAACGUGAGGACUGAGACGUUGCAUGACUGACGAGGCGUGUCCAUACCUAUGACCGCUUGCCAUUCGUGUAUUACUGAUACCGCAUAACUACCAUUUCUGUAGCUUCUCCUGCUGCUGUACAUACGUCUUACGUGUCAUAAUCAUGAUGUGCUGCAUGUAUUUGAUUUUUUGAAUAUUUUUUUGAAUACUGAUCUAAUUUAGCGAGAUCUGUUGUUUAGUUUAGUUUUGUUGAGUUGGAAUUCGCCACGAGUGUGCCUUUCAACAAGUAUUGAGGUAUGUGUAAGUCAAACUAACGUGUUACUUUAAGAUGCCAGUCAGAGCUGUUCUUGAUGGCAUGAUAAGCGAUGAUGAUACUGUUGACUGUUGUCACUUGUGCAUGGCCACACAUCAUGUCUCUCUUUUUUCUGAGCUCAGUUUCCACUGAAUUCGUAGGCAAUGCGGACACUGUACAUACUUGUACAUGUAUAUGUAUAAAUCAUAAUUAUCGCUUCUUCUUUUAGUAAAAAAAUUCUCCCGUAUUUCACAUUUGGCUGAUUUUGUUGCUGCUGCUAUUGCUGUCGUAACCGCCGCCAUGUUCUGGAUAUCACAAUAUUCAUGUUCUUGCAUUUUUGCAAGCUCUUCAUUAUACUUUAAAGUACACAUUAUGAACUAUAGUUGUACUUCACAAUAGUCUCCUUGCAUUUAGGCACAGUCGCCACUGCACUGAUGCUCAUGAGGGAGCGUGACAUAAAAUAGUUAUCACACAAUUUACACAGUACUAGAGAAGACGGUGAUGCGUUGAGAUGA